AGCUGUGAUUGUGUCAUUUUCAUUAAAAAAAAAAAAAAAAAAAUUCUCAGCUCUUAGUGCAAUUUUUUUUUUUAAAUUCACCUGAAAUAAAGUGUUAAAAUUACUUUUAAUUUCCAUUGAGUGAAAUUAUUAUUAAAUUAUGGAAGCAGAAUCUUUGGAUCUUGAGGAUGGAGAAGUUCUUGACGACGAGCCGGAAGAUGCAUUUGGUACCUAUAAUGUUCUUCAACGUCCACAUGCAAUACAAUCAUCACGUGAUGAAAUUGGUAAUAAAAUGAAAUACAGCGAUGAUGAAUCAGAUGAUGUUACAUUGGAAUCAUCGGAUUCCGAUUCCGAUUCUGAUACAACAGCGCGUUUAAAAACAAAACGACCAAAAAUCAAAAUAAAACCAAAGCGCACCGAACGAGUUGAUAAUUUAUGUAGAAAUAAAAAUAAAAAUGAUAAAUUUAAAAUUUGGAAUAUGCAAGUUCAAGAGGAAUCAAUAACUGAGGAUCUUGUCUCAUGUGGAGUGACAAGAAAUAAUUAUACAGAUCGAACAGUUGAAAGUUAUGAUUUUACAUUAGGUUAUUCAUUUAAAAAGAAACGUGAAGAAUUAUCAAAAUUAAAUAAUGAUGACGAUGAUGAUGAUGAUGAUGAUGAUGAUAAUAAUUCAUCAGACGAGGAAAGAAAUAAUGAGCCAAGACUGACGAAUAAACGAAAUUAUGCCGAGAGACGUAAUGUUAAAUUGAGAUUAGGAAAAAGACGGCAAAAUAAUACGAAUAAUGUUGAUGAUGAUGAUGAUGAUGAUGAUGAUCAUAAAGGUUCAUCACGUGUUAUGUCGGAUCUUAAUGUUAAUUUAGAAUCAAGUGAUGCUGAUGUUGCUGCCGAUAUUGCUGCUAAACUUUCGGAACAUAAGGAUGUUCUUAUCAGAAGAAUCGUCGACAUUCUGGGCAAAGAGAAGGCUAUUGAUUUUUUUCAAAAAACAAAAAAAAUUGAACAAGAAGGCGGUAUGUUAAUAAUGAAUGGAUCACGUAGACGAACAGCAGGUGGCGUUUAUCUUUAUCUUGUCAAAAAUGAUGAUCAUUUGCCCCAGGAAAAGAUAAGAGAAAUUUUUUAUGUUGACAGAAAAGAAAUUGAAAAACAAAAAAAGCAACAGGAUGCAAAUGAAAGGCGACGACAAACAAAAGAACUUAUGCGACGUCUUGAGAAUGGAUCUGAUAAAGAUUUACCGGCACUAUUGACAAGAGCAGAACUCUCGACAAAACAAAUUGCAGAGGAGGCAAGAUUGAGACGUGGCGAAGGAAUGGAUCGUACGCCAUUGGAUUCUGAGAGAACGGUUUCAAAUCCACCGCCAAGUCCAGUGACCGAUGAUCCUGAUCAUUCGGAGCAUCCAACACCGGGGAGACAAGAAAUUGAUUACGAAGAUAUUCUCGAUAUUGGUGACGUCGACAAUAUGGAAGUAUUUUAAAAAAUGCUCUCCUUGUUUUUUUUUUUUUUUUCUUCUCACCUAUUUUUUC